GUCAUUUCGUUGUGCAUUUCCUCUUUAAACAGACGAGGUUAACAUCAAUCGUCAAGAUGAACUUAAUAUGAGUGUAGAGCAUUAUUUUGCAGUAGGAUUAGCCAUUGUUAUUGUAGGAGGAUGGCUUUUCGAUUGGCUUAUGCACACAGUAGCUAUAAUAUACGGAAUACGACGUUUACAUCGACAACUCCCUACACCUUCCCCGGAAGACCUCCCGGGAGUAUCUAUCAUAAAGCCUCUUGUUGGUGUUGACCCCCAUCUGUAUGCAAACUUAGAAUCUUUCUUCAAAUUACAAUAUCCUAAUUUUGAAAUUUUAUUUUGUGUUCAAGAUGAAAGUGACCCUGCCAUAAUGAUUGUUCAGAAAUUGAUGGAACUUUAUCCUAAAGUAGACGCUAAAUUAUUUAUAGGAAUAAAGUAUAUUUGUCCAAAUGGAAAAAUAAAUAACAUGAUCAAAGCAUAUGAAGCAGCCAAGAAUGAAAAUCUAUUGAUCUCAGACAGUUGUAUUAAAAUGAACGAAAAUACUUUAAUGGAAAUGGUUUCCUGUAUGAAACCAGAUGUUGGAAUGGUGGUGCAGAUGCCGUUCUUUGAAAAUCGUCCAAAACUUGGAUUUGCCAGUGUUUAUGAAAAGGUUUACUUUGCGACUUUCAAUGCCAGAAGUACACUGGGUGGUUUUGCUACAGGGAUAAACGCCUGCACUGGAAUGUCAUGUUUAUUUCGUAGAGAACCUGUUGACAAAGCUGGUGGGUUAGCUCCCUUGGGACAAUAUCUCUCUGAAGAUUAUGUUCUUAAUCGCACUAUUACACAAGCUGGUUACAAAUCAGUACUGUGUACAUCAACAGCUCAACAAAAUAGUGGCUAUUCAUCAGUUGGCACCUUCCAUAAAAGGAUAAUCAGGUGGUCUCAAUUAAGGAUUGCUCUCUUGCCACAUCUGAUUAUUUUAGAGCCGUUAUCAGAAUGUAUGCUGAUGGGUGCUUGUGCCUCGUGGGCUAUUGAGUACUUAUUUGGAAUUAGUUCGAUGGGCGUGUUUUUAAUGCAUAUUUUAUUAUGGUUCUUGUUAGAUUAUACACUGUUGAGAAUAGUAGAGAAUGGACCUUUACCGUUUUCAAAAUUUGAAUUUGUGGUAGCUUGGCUGAUGAGAGAGACAUUAGCUCUAUUUCUGACAUUACAAUCUCAUAGAAACACUAUUGUCAAGUGGCGACAUAAAAAAUAUAAACUGAACUGGGGAGGAAAGAUCGAGGAAGUAUAACCCUAUUUACCAUUAUAGUCGGGUCAUCACAUGUCCUAUGGGGGUCAUCCUGUCAUCAAAGUUCAUUCAUGAGGUCAUCAAAUCAGCACUAAAGAAAAGGAACAUAUCAUAGUGCUAGAAAUCGUCUUUUUUACAUUUAGUGCAUUCAGUCCUACGCUCGAGUCAGUUGUGCGCUUGAUAUAAUUGGGUACUUCAGUGUAGCAUGAUCACCGAGGUGACAGUGAUCGAGAACAUGAAAUAAUAUGAUGAAUUGUAGAGCAAGGAAUUGCUCCUCUACAUAAUUAGUGAUGCAUGUUUGAAGUAGCCUAUUGACAAGUGAAUUACUUUAAAUUCCUUAAGAUUCAUGAAGAUGAAUAUUGCUAUAGUGUGUGUUUGUUUAUGAUGUACCAAAUUGAUAACAAGUUCUUUCUUUUUUUUGGCAAAUAAACAGUUCGUAAGAGUUAAGAUGACUUUUUACUUUUAAUUUUUUCUGGAAAGCAUAUUUUAAAAUCUAUAUAGCAAAUUUAAAAUAUGAUCUUCCUUGUUUUAUUACAAACAAAUUAUAAGAGUAAGCUGCCAGUUUUUUAUUGAAACUUUUUAAAAGAAGAAAAUAUUUGGUUGAAUUAAACUACCUCCUCGAAUAAGGAAAAGGCACAAACAUAAAUUUCAUAUGAUGUACAAUUAUAUUAAAUGGGAAAUAAUGUUUUCAUUUAUUCGUGCCGAAAUUCUAAGAAUGGGAAAUUAGUUUGGUACAGCUUAACACGUUGUUGGUUUUGGUUUAACAGUAUUGUGUGCUAGCUAGUAUACAAGGUGCUCUAUGUUGUCACAGCGUAAAUUUUUUUUGUACUUCUUUUACUGCCAAAUUAUUUCCGUCAUUGAAUUUUUUAUAGUAGAUUAUCUGUCAGAUUUAUAAAUUGUAGAUCAUUUUUGUAAAAUUGAAUUAAAUAAAAAAAAUAUGUGUGUGUUUACAGUUCACCAACUGACCCUAACUUUUUAGAACUUAAAGUAACUUUUUUCUUCACUGAAAAUUGGGCAAAUAAUAUUUUCACCUGUAUUCUUGACAGCAAAGUUUUUUUGUGUUCAAAUUUAUGCUGAAAUUGUCAACAAGUAUUGUGUAAACAAGUAAAAACAUAUCUGACAGACAAAGACAACUUUUUACAAAUGGAUGCUAAUUGGAAAUAUAGGUAAAUUCAACAGAUUUCAUAUGGGUUCCAGAUUCAGGAACCAGAUAAGGCUGUUUUUGAGUUUGCUGAUCAAAUAACAAAAACAUUUUGCUGACCUACUGACCCUAUUUUUUUCAGCAUGUGACAGUAAACAUACAUAAAUUUUUUUAGGCCUUACUGCCAGAAAUUUAUUGCACUCUAGUCAAAAAUCAACCGGUUUUAUUUGUAUAAUACAUUCUAUCUUGUCAACAUUUAAACAAUUUAAUAGACAAUAAUUGUAUUCAUGCAUUGUUUCCUAUUUUAAUACAUUAAGUGCUGUUCCAGAUUAAGACUUCAACCACCCAUAAUAUAAAUUUUUCAUUUUACUUAUAUUCUUAUAAUCUAGCAAAGUUAAAAAAAAAAAAAUGCAGCCAAUCACACACAGUUUAUAAAUUUGAGUGCCUCCCAUCCACUCCCUCUGUGUAUAAAUCUGGAACAGACCUAAUACAAAUUUUCAAAGUUUACAAUUUGAUCAGAUUAUGUAACUUUUUUAACAAUGCAAAUUUUAUUCAGUAAAAACAUUUUACAGGGUAAAAUGCUCAUCUUUUUAGCUACUUUCUGCAAAUAAAAAAGGGUACAAAAAUAUUUUUAUCAUGAAGGUCACUUGUUUAUCUGUGUUUUUCUCUAAAUAACACCAUGACCAUUUUACCUUUUGAUGUGUUCUGUUGUAUAUUUUUUAUCUAGUUUAAUUUAAUAACUGUAAAAAGCAGUAGCAAAUACUACGCAAAGAAAGAAAUGAUUUACAAUUUUUACAAUUCAGUGCCAUUAUUCUGAAAAAGAUGAACGCAAUAGUUUUAUGUAAAUUGAGAAGUUUUCAGAGGUAUUUAAUUUUGCCGUGAGAUUGUAGAAAGUUGCACAAAACUCUAGAAAGCCAUGAGUUAAAUUAAGAUGCAACUUUCUCAAUUUACAUUUGUUUUCUUGCCAAUAGAAGUUUUACAAUAGAAUAUAUUUAAAGGGAUAUAUAUGUUAUAGUCUGUUAAGGAUAUGUUAUGGAAGAUAUUUGUAUUGGAUUAUUGUAUGGUGUCAAGUCAAGUUCAUUAUCAAGUGUCAAAGUGCAUUAGAUGCAUAAUAUUAUUAUACCUUCUGUUGUAAAAGCGGGAAGUAUAUAGUGAUGGGACCUCUGUCUGUUCAUUCCUUCAAUCAUCCUUCUGCCUACUUUUGUUUCUGCAACUGCUCCUGAACAGCUUGACAGAAUUUUGUGAAACUUUCAAAGAAUCCUAGUGAGAUGAUGUACUUAUACAAUUCCUAAUUUAUUUUUAAUCUGAUUAAUUUUGGCACUUACUUUUGGAUUACAUGAACAUGGUGUAAUCCUAUCUUUACACUAUAUUACAACCGCUUCUCCUAAACUCCUUGUUCAAAUUUUUCAGCAUCUUUACCAUACAAUGCCAUAAUGCACCCCUUAUUUUGAUUUUUUGUCCAAAUUGUUUUUGAGAUAUCCAGUAGCAAAUUAUGAACUUUGCAAAGAAUAGUGGUAUCGUUUAGUGAGUUUUUCUCUGAUGCUGGUUCCUUGUUGCAUCUUGGAGUAACUGUUUAUUAGACAAAUUAUGGGCUUACGUAAAUCUUUGGAGGAUAUUUGGCUAUAUUUUAUUUUUUAAAAGAGUUGCUUAUUAUUUUCCUGUUAAAGCUUAUUUAGAGAAUAUUCACAAAGCAUUGCUUACAAAAGUUAGAAAAUGUGUUUGUGUUAUAACUGCUCUCAUGUUUCAUUUAGUAUAAUAGCAUGGUCUAAAAACCUGCAUUUUUCAGCAUGAUUGUGACAAUAUGAUACUUGUGAACUUGACUUGAAAUUUUUAUUACUUUCUUUAUUGGAUAUUAUGAAUUUUUCUGUGAAUUUGAUUGGAUUUUAUGACUUUCUGAGCUAGGGAUCACUCACCUGUCUGAUCACGGAUUUAAUAAUGAGGUCACUCCCUGAUAUGACGACAGCUCUCAGAUCUGAUCAACCUGUCUUUUUUCUGAUGGUCGGUAAAUGAUCAAUGACGAAAUAAGAACAGGAUGAAAUAAAACCUCAUGUUAAAACAAUGCAAUUUUGUGGUUAACUUGUUCAUUUGUGUUGUUGCAUUUAUAUGCAAAAUGUUAUAAAUAUGUUUAUGUGCAGGAUUCAUACAAAGGCAUGUGAGGGCUAUUUUAUUAAAAUGAAUAUGAGAGGGUAGGAAUAUAUAAGUUCUAUUUUUGGACAUGGGGUCAUGGGUCAUUUGUAGUCGAAUUUUCAUAUGAUGUAUGAUUAUAUUGAUAUUUUAGAUUAAUCAAAGAAAGCAUGUCAGUUAUUGGGUAUUUUGAAAAUCCCUUCUUACCCUCCCACAUUCAUUUAAGAUGAAAUAUCCCUAAUUAUUUUGUUGAUAUAGUGCUAUAAAUAGCAGCAUGUCUCUCCUAUAUAUAUAUAUCUAUAUAUAUAUGUGUGUGUAUGCGUGAAAACAAAACAAAAAUCACCUAUUUACCAUAGAUUUUUAAAACAUUUUAUCAUUCUCAAUUUUAUCAUAAUCUUUUAAUGAUUUUUUUUAUAAAUUUGUAUUAAAAUGUACUUAAAAUUUGUCACUGAGUUGAUUAUUUUAGAUAAUUGACAAUGAAGCUGAAUUUUUAUCAUUAUAAGUCAUUAAUCAUUACUUUCAUCAUGUUUAUAUAUAGAUGUAAAGGGAAAAUUACAGAGUUAAUUACCCAAUAAUUAACAUUGAAGUAUCAUUUCUAUUUACAUAAUUUAAAAAUUGUAUCACCAUUUGAAUUUUCAUCAAUUAUUCACACUAAAUACAUAAAUAUUCAUCAGUUACUUUCAUCAGAUAAAUAUUCAUCAGUUACUUUCAUUAGAUAAAUAUUCAUCAGUUUCUCUCAUCAGAAAUAUUUCUCAGUUAUUCGUGUGGUUGAAUUUCAUGUAUGUUGUUUGUGUGAAUCCUGACUUAUGUAUUGUUUUAUUAUGUUUUAGUUGCAGCAUUAUUAUGGCAUCUCCUCAAUUAAUGGAUUAUUUUCCUCUAUUGUUUUUUUUAUUGAUUAAUGUAAUUUUUAUUCAAAUACUGUUAUUUUUUCUCCUUAUUUAUAUGCUUGCAUAAUUAGAAUUUGCUAGAGUAAUGUGAAUUUGAGAUUAUGAUGGAGAAAUUAAAGUUAUUGUAGUUUCAUUUUUAAAGGGGAAAAAAUGGAGUAUGUUACUAUUUUUAGGUAAAAGAAGGUUAAAUACAUUAAGUAAAGGACAUUAUUUGAAUUAUCCCUAUUCUUGCUAUUAUUCAAAGAUCAAAGGAAAGCUUUUACGUAGUCAAGGAAUUUAGAUAUUUUUAAUAUGGAAUCAAUUAAUCAAGAAGUUGUUAUACCAGUUAGGGCUGUAAAUUCAGAAAUAAUUGCGAUGUUUUUAUUAAUGCGAAUAAUGCGACUGGAUGAGUAUCGCAAUAAGGACUCAUAUUUUCAUAUCUGAUACAGAUAAGUAUAUGAAGAUUCUUCGGACACUGCAAUGAUUCAGCUCACACUUAUGUCUAUUCUUAAAAAAAAUCACAAUUAUAAAUAAUAGCAAUAUUUUCUGAAUUUACAGCAAUUUAAUCAACAGCUAGCAGUAAGAUUAGGGAAAUAUAUACAUAUGAAUUACAUAACUUAUAAUUAUAACUUAUAAACAUAGGAAAAUUUGGUAUUUCAGAAUUUAUUGCAUUUAGGCUUAAAUUUCAAAACAUUUUGAAUGGUUAAAUGUCCUAUUGAAAAAAUGGUAUCUUACCAAUGACUUACGAACAAUGAAUUUACCAAUAAACCUUUGGAUUGCAAAACAUUUAUUUGUGAUUACUAAUCUCAUUGAUAAUAAGUACAUAUUCCAAUCAUUGAUGUUGCUGAAUAUUAAGAGUCUAGCAAUGAAAGGACUUAUGUUUUAUUCGAUUAAAUUUCCUCAGAUUUUUGCACCCUAAAUUCAUACCAGUUUUAAGUGUUUUUUAACACAUGAUCAGUUUAGUUUGAAUUUUAAUUAAAAACCUUUAAGAUAUAGUAUGUAUUCAAACCAAUAUUGUGGAUUUUAAACUUACUUUCAAUUCACCCUUUUAUUUACUGAAGUAAUUUAAAAAAAUUAAAUUGAAAUAGAAUUGCCCUUUUUUCAGGACAAUUUGUUAAAAUUAUUUCAUGAUUUUGCUUUAAUGUAUUUGACAAUGGCAGUUGACAUUUCCAAUUUUCAGAAAGUUUGCUUUUUAUACUUCAUUAACAGAUUUAUUUUGAUGUUGUUUUAACAAGAAAUAAAGGGGAUCUUUGGGGGUUGGGGUGGGGGUAUUUACUAUUGCACAUUAAUGUUAAGGUUGUAAAAUUGAAGUCAAUAAAAAUUUAAUAAAAAUGAAAAUGUUCCUGAACCUAGAAUUAAUUCUCAGAAUCAAAUAAGUCAGUGAAUUGAAUACCUUAAGGUAACACUACAACUUUAGUAGUAAUUAUUUCUUCCAUAUAUAGUAGUAGGGGACAUUGGGUGGAAGGAAUUUUUAGCUUGUCCAGACUGCCAAUGCUAUGGAGUGGACAUGGAUGCACUGCCUAGUGUAGAUGGGUGGGAAAAAUCUUUAUCCACAUUAGAUUUUGUGUACAUUAUAUAUAUAUUAUGUACAUCAACUUAAUUGGUUGUGAAUGAGGUUCCAUCAAUGCUAGAUUCUUAAUAAGCUUUUCCAUAGAAAAUUUAUAAUAGGAAUAGGACACUUUGAAUAUAAUUUUGUGGGAAAUGGGGUAUUUAUUUUAACAUCAACAUUCAGGUGCUAAGGAUUUGAUCCAUUUAGAUUUUUUGCAUGUUGGUUGAUAAAGUUUAUUACUUCUGCCAAACCCAUGUUUGUUUUUAUAUAUUUCUUUGAUAGUUGUUGAUAGGUUUGAGUGAUACAUAGCAUUGUUUAUCAGUUAUAAUUUAUUAUUCUAUGACUAUUUUAUUCAAGUUAUUAACAGAUCAUGAUAUUGAUUAAUUGGAGAUAGGAUUUUGUAUUAAAUUCAGGAUUAAUUGCAUAUUGUAUUGUAUAAAUUUCAGGAUAGAUUAACAAAUUAUAUUAUGUUAAUUGGAUAAUUCUAAAAAAAAAAAAUGGAACAGUAUGGAUUUGUUGUAAAAUAUUGUCUGUAUUCAUAUGUUUUACUGAAAAAAAAAUGUCAAUUUUAUAUUGUAAACAGUGUAAAGAUGACCAGUUUAUGUUUAUAAACAUUUAAGAUAAUGAGGUCAGAAAAAAGUGUUCAUCCUUUUUAAUUUUGUGUAAAAAUAUAACUUUAUACAUACAGUGGCAAUGUCAUUUUCAGAGGCAAUGAUAUUUUGUUCAACAUGUUUACAAAUUAAUAUAGAUGACUUUGUAUCUGUAUCAGUCACAAUCUAAAGAACAGUCACAAAACAGACAAGUCAAAAUUGAGCCUUGAGUCAAAAGUAAAAUGACACUGAAUUAAUAUGAUGAAUUUGCUCUCGCCACAGAGAAAAUUAUGAUUAUCUCCCUUAUAAUGAUAUGUUUGAUCAAAAUAUUGUGUGAUUUUAUUGUUUUCAAUAAAGUAUGAACAAGCUU